GUGUGUGUGUGUGUGUGUGUGUGUGUGUGUGUGUGUGUGUGCGUGCGCGCGCGCUUCCCUCGGCUCACUAAAUGAAUGGAUCCUGCUCGCGAAUGGGCGAUUUUUCAAGAAUCAUCUAAUUCCGGAUUCAAUGCAUUUAUCACUCAGGAUCAGUGAUGGCUUGGCUUCUGAUGUGGCUUCUACUAUUUGCUUGUGUACCACAGCCAGGAGGAAUCUGUCAAAAAUGUCAGAAACGGGAAUCUGUCGGGACUUGUGUCUUACAGAUUCACAGAGCAUUUGCCCAGGAUUCUUCUAAGAUGCUGUCCAUACCAGAGUCCAUCGCCCCGGAGCCCUACAAUCGCACGCAGUACUGCCAAUGGCCCUGCGAAUGUCUCAAAACUCCCCCCACCUGUCCGCCAGGUGUGAGCCUGAUCAUGGACGGCUGCGACUGCUGCAGAGCAUGCGCCAAACAGGUGGGGGAAGUUUGCAACGAGAAAGAAAACUGCGACCAUCACCGCGGCCUUUACUGUGAUUACAGCGCAGACAAGCCUAGGUACGAAAAAGGAGUAUGUGCGUAUCUGCCGGGCACUGGCUGUGAGCACAACGGCGUGAUCUACCGCAACGGCCAGAGCUUCCAGCCCAAUUGCAAAUACCAGUGUUUGUGUGUGAACGGGGCGAUCGGAUGCGUCUCGCUGUGUAAUGAGGCUCAGCCUCCCAGGGUCUGGUGCCAGAACCCACGGCGAGUUAAAAUCCCCGGGCGCUGCUGCGAGCACUGGAUCUGUGAUGAGUCCAGGAGGGGGCGCAAGACUGCACCAAGACACACAAUAUCUGCCCUGUCUAGUGUAAAAGACAACUUGCACAAGAACUGUGUGACCCAGACAACCUCCUGGAGUCCCUGCUCAAAGACUUGCGGCCGCGGCGUGUCUUUACGCAUUACUAACAACAACAAGCAGUGUCAGAUGGUCAAAGAGAGCAGACUCUGCAACAUCCGGCCUUGCAAAGUGGACAUCACAAAGCACAUCAAGCCUGGAAAGAAGUGCUUGAACGUCUACAGGAAGGAAAAGCCUCACAACUUCACUAUCUCGGGCUGCACCAGUACAAACACUUACUGGCCCAAGUACUGUGGAGUGUGUACGGACGAGCGCUGCUGCAUCCCUUACAAAUCCAAGACGGUUGAGGUCGACUUUCAGUGCCCGAACGGAUCCGGCUUCACCUGGCAGAUCAUGUGGAUUAACGCCUGCUUCUGCAACCUGAGCUGUAAAAACCCCAAUGACAUAUUUACGGAUCUAGAGCUGUACCAUGAGAGAGGUGAGGUUGGAAACUGAGCGUAUGAGACCGUACAGAAAAAGAUUUCAGAGAAAGCCACAGUACUUUUUUCCUGAGCAAAAACAAAAAAAGAAAUAUAUGCAUUAUAUGAAUAUAUUAAAUAGUUUAUAUUUAAAGACCGUUUGGCCUAUCGCAACCAAAUCGUUCAUAUAUGUUAUUAUUAUGCUUUUGUCAUAUUGCGACAAAUCCUUUUGUACAAAUGAUAUGUAAGUGUAGAUAUUUAAGAAGACGGUAUCAUGUUGAACUCUCUUUAAUUUAUACAAAUUCUAUGUAAUAAUAUAUAUAUAUAUAGCUAUUGAUAAUGUAGUUUUCAUGCCUUUUCUACACUUAUGCUCUUAAAUGACACUGUAGUCCUUGGAACGACUUGUGCCUUACAAAGUUUUGAUUUCCACGUACUAUAACGUUUUGUAUGGACAGACUUCUCAGACAGACAUAAAAGUUGAGUAACCAGCUUUUUAUUUUCCUUUUUUAAAUAAAUACAAACUGUUAUUCCAUUAAAAAUGCAGUGCAUCAGAUUGUUUUACAUCUUUACAAAGCAGUGCCUUACCAAGCUGCAAGCAUUUGCUUUAGUGUGUGUGGAAAAGCAGGUAAGUUGCUUAUAAUAUCUCUUUCUGAGCAAUCCUUCAUUUUACUCUUUCAAAGCCUUGAGGAAAAAGCAUCCAGUCCCAGUAGAG